CUCAGUGUGCGUGGAGAUUAGGUCUGAGCGCUGGCGCGAGGUAGGCAGUCCGCGAGCUCCAGCCGCUGCCGCCGCCGCCUCCAGCAGCCGCCUUCGCCCGCAGCGCCGCGGCGGAACCGGGCGCAGGGGAGCUAGCCCGGCCCCGCCAGCCCAGCCCAACCCAGCCCUAGCCCCAGCCCAGAUCGUCCCGACUCCCUCCCCACACCCGGGCAGCAAGCCGCAGCCGCCGCCGCCCGAAGAGAAGGUGGAGGAAGAAAUCAGCCCCUAGCACGCGCGCACGAUCCAUCAUGGACCAUUAUGAUUCCCAGCAAACCAAUGACUACAUGCAGCCCGAAGAGGACUGGGAUCGAGACCUGCUCCUGGACCCAGCGUGGGAGAAGCAGCAGAGAAAGACGUUUACAGCAUGGUGCAACUCCCACCUCCGGAAGGCAGGAACACAGAUCGAGAACAUCGAGGAGGACUUCCGGGAUGGCCUGAAGCUGAUGCUGCUGCUGGAGGUCAUCUCAGGUGAACGUCUGGCCAAGCCCGAGAGAGGCAAAAUGAGGGUGCACAAGAUCUCCAAUGUCAACAAGGCCCUGGACUUCAUAGCCAGCAAGGGAGUCAAGCUGGUGUCCAUAGGAGCUGAAGAAAUCGUGGAUGGGAAUGUGAAAAUGACGCUGGGCAUGAUCUGGACCAUCAUCCUGCGCUUUGCCAUCCAGGACAUCUCCGUGGAAGAGACUUCAGCGAAGGAAGGGCUUCUCUUGUGGUGUCAGAGAAAGACAGCCCCUUACAAGAACGUCAACAUCCAGAACUUCCACAUAAGCUGGAAGGACGGCCUCGGCUUCUGUGCCUUGAUCCACCGACACCGGCCCGAGCUGAUCGACUACGGGAAGCUGCGGAAGGAUGACCCACUGACAAACCUGAACACAGCUUUCGAUGUGGCGGAGAAGUACCUGGACAUUCCCAAGAUGCUGGAUGCGGAAGACAUCGUCGGAACCGCCCGCCCGGACGAGAAAGCCAUCAUGACUUACGUGUCCAGCUUCUACCACGCCUUCUCUGGAGCCCAGAAGGCUGAGACAGCAGCGAAUCGCAUCUGCAAGGUGCUGGCCGUCAACCAGGAGAACGAGCAGCUCAUGGAGGACUACGAGAAGCUGGCCAGUGAUCUGCUGGAGUGGAUCCGCCGCACCAUCCCAUGGCUGGAGAACCGGGCGCCCGAGAACACCAUGCACGCCAUGCAGCAGAAGCUGGAGGACUUCCGGGACUACCGGCGCCUGCACAAGCCGCCCAAGGUGCAGGAGAAGUGCCAGCUGGAGAUCAACUUCAACACGCUGCAGACCAAGCUGCGCCUCAGCAACCGGCCCGCCUUCAUGCCCUCCGAGGGCAGGAUGGUCUCGGACAUCAACAAUGCCUGGGGCUGCCUGGAGCAGGCGGAGAAGGGCUAUGAGGAGUGGCUACUGAAUGAGAUCCGGAGGCUGGAGCGGCUCGACCACCUGGCAGAGAAGUUCCGGCAGAAGGCCUCCAUCCACGAGGCCUGGACGGACGGCAAAGAGGCCAUGCUGCGGCAGAAGGAUUACGAGACGGCUACCCUCUCGGAGAUCAAGGCCCUGCUCAAGAAGCACGAGGCCUUCGAGAGUGACCUGGCCGCCCACCAGGACCGCGUGGAGCAGAUUGCCGCCAUUGCCCAGGAGCUCAAUGAGCUGGACUAUUACGACUCACCCAGUGUCAAUGCCCGGUGCCAAAAGAUCUGUGACCAGUGGGACAAUCUAGGGGCCCUAACCCAGAAGCGAAGGGAAGCUCUGGAGCGCACGGAGAAACUGCUGGAGACCAUUGACCAACUGUACUUGGAGUACGCUAAGCGGGCUGCGCCCUUCAACAACUGGAUGGAGGGGGCCAUGGAGGACCUUCAGGACACCUUCAUCGUGCACACCAUCGAGGAGAUCCAGGGACUGACCACAGCCCAUGAGCAGUUCAAGGCCACCCUCCCCGAUGCCGACAAGGAGCGCCUGGCUAUCCUGGGAAUCCACAACGAGGUGUCCAAGAUUGUCCAGACCUACCACGUCAACAUGGCAGGCACCAACCCCUACACAACCAUCACGCCUCAGGAGAUCAAUGGCAAAUGGGACCAUGUGCGGCAGCUGGUGCCACGGAGGGACCAGGCCCUGACGGAGGAGCACGCCCGCCAGCAGCACAACGAAAGGCUACGCAAGCAGUUUGGGGCCCAGGCCAACGUCAUCGGGCCCUGGAUCCAGACCAAGAUGGAGGAGAUCGGAAGGAUCUCCAUUGAAAUGCACGGGACCCUGGAGGACCAGCUCAACCACCUGCGGCAAUAUGAGAAGAGCAUCGUCAACUACAAACCCAAGAUCGACCAGCUGGAGGGCGACCACCAGCUCAUCCAGGAGGCGCUCAUCUUCGACAACAAGCACACCAACUACACCAUGGAGCACAUCCGUGUGGGCUGGGAGCAGCUCCUAACCACCAUCGCCAGGACCAUCAAUGAGGUGGAGAACCAGAUCCUGACCAGGGACGCCAAGGGCAUCAGCCAGGAGCAGAUGAAUGAGUUCCGGGCCUCCUUCAACCACUUUGACCGGGAUCACUCCGGCACGCUGGGUCCCGAGGAGUUCAAAGCCUGCCUCAUCAGCUUGGGUUAUGAUAUUGGCAACGACCCCCAGAAGAAGACAGGCAUGAUGGACACGGAUGAUUUCCGCGCCUGCCUUAUCUCCAUGGGUUACAACAUGGGAGAGGCAGAGUUUGCCCGUAUCAUGAGCAUCGUGGACCCCAACCGCCUGGGGGUGGUGACGUUCCAGGCCUUCAUCGACUUCAUGUCCCGCGAGACAGCUGAUACAGACACAGCAGACCAAGUCAUGGCUUCCUUCAAGAUCCUGGCCGGGGAUAAGAACUACAUCACGGUGGACGAGCUGCGCAGAGAGCUGCCGCCUGACCAGGCUGAGUACUGCAUUGCGCGAAUGGCCCCCUACACCGGCCCCGACGCCGUGCCCGGUGCUCUGGACUACAUGUCCUUCUCCACGGCGCUGUACGGCGAGAGUGACCUCUAACCCGCCCCGCCCGGUCCACGCCCCCGCCCCGUCGCUGUGCGAGCCCCACCCUGCGCCUCCGCUGUCCCCCCUCUCCCGCCCGGGCUUGGUUUCACGCUCUGCCUCCAGUGGGCGAGCUGGGACCCGUGUGGCAUCCAGCCUCCCUGCCCGUGAAGUGACAGUUUACAAAAUUAUUUUCUGCAAAAAAGAAAAAAAAGUUACGUUAAAAAAAGUAAAAAAACCAAAAAAACCACAUAUUUUAUUAUACAAGAAGUAUUUUUUUCUCCACCAGACUUAAAUGGAAAAGAGGAAGAAUUAACUAUUUGCACCGAAAUGUUUUGUUUUGUUGUGACAUAGGAAAAUAACCAAGCACAAUGUUCUAUCCAUCCUUUUUAUCCAUUUUUUUUUCCUUUCUAUCUGUUCCAUCUGCUGUAUUCAUUUCUCCGGUCUCUUGUCCACCUUGACGUGGGAGUGGGAGGUGAGGGUAGGGGGAAAGCUUGUCAAAAGGCACAUUGGUGCAUGUGUGUUUGCUAGCUCACUUGUCCAUGAAAAUAUUUUAUGAUAUUAAAGAAAAUCUUUUGAAAUGGCUGUUUUCUUAAGGAAGAGAAUUUAUGUGGCUUGGCUUCUCAUUUUUGAAGUCCAGGGGUGUAUGUAAUUACCUUCUUCAUCAGCACACACUUUUUGCCCCCAAAUACUGCCUAUUAAAAAUGGUCAGGACAAAAUUGACAAGUGUGGACAACUUUGGUCCUAUUUGACACACAGUGUUAAAGCAGCAACACUCCCAUGUCAGUUCUUUGCUCCUUGCUUACUGUUUUCCAAAAGAGUGCAUGGGAUCAAGGAUGGUGUGGGGCACCUGUACCACCCCUCAUAUGCUUUUGACCUUGGCACAUUCAAUCUUAUGCUUCUGUUUCGUUUUCAAGAGGAGAAUGUGGUUUCCUCACAAGGCUCCUAUGCGUUGAAAAUAAACCCUACUUUUGUUUCUCACAUCAUCAAACAGCUCUGUGACAUCUACAUGCCCUGGUUCCUUGUAUUUUUGCUGCAGGAGACACUCAGGAAGUCAUCUCAUCCCCUACUCUUCAGACUCUCCUGUAGACAGCAGCUGUCCAGCCUCACCUGGGAGGCUGUUGGAAAUGCAGGCUCUCAGGUCUACCCCAGAUCCUCUCGUUAGAAUCUGCCUUUAAACAAGGUCCCCAGAGGAUCUAUGUUUCUUUUGAUUUUCCCUCCUUGCCUCUUUCCUCCUCGAGGCUUCUACUCACAGUACAGGCAGCGAGGACUGCCAGUAACGGAAUCAGUAACAGUGCAGUGAUUUAGAGACAUAAUUUAGCAAUGGAAGCUGCAGGUCUGUGUUCCAGUUCUAACUGUGUCAAGGAGUAAAGCAGUUUCAUGCAGCAAUAACAGGGAGUUGAGUCUGUGGAGUCUGAUGGUCAGAGUUCAGACCUACAACUGCCAUUUCCAAAAUGGAUAAACUGGACACUACAGUUCUCUUAUCCACUAACAGGGAAUAAUAGUGCUGCUGGAAAGUUGAUGCUCUAAUAUAUAGAACUCCUAAAGUAUUAGUGCAUAUAAAUGUUAGUUGUGGUCAGUCCCACUUUAAGUUUUAAGGGAUUCGCUUGAAGGAUCUCUUUAAAAGAGAACUCUUAACAUGAUAUAAGUCCCCUCAUCUAAGAGGACUAAGACCGAAAUGGGACUUACUGAACUUGGGCCAGAGAUGACAGUUUUCCAGUGUAAGCCCCAUUUGUCUAGGAAUUAGUUUCAUGAGUUUCUGGAACACCCACUGCCCUGGGAAAGAGGCAAGGCUAUUCGGGAGAAUGGACGUGAGGAGAGGUUGGCUUUUGCUUUGGGAACCGUAACAGCAGGUUUUCCCACUGGCUGGCAGAAAGCCAUACCUGCUCAAGGUAGGUCUGCUGUGAUGGCAGCUUGGUGGGGAAGACUGUGGUUUAAGAGUUGAGGAGAAGGAAAUUGUUCCAACGAGAAAGUUUCCUAAACUCAGGGUGUAAGUGCAUUAAUAAGCCUCAAUUUUCAGGGACUUCCCUGGUGGUCUAGUAGUUAAGACUCCAAGCUUCCACUGCAGGGGAUGUAGGUUCGACCCUUGGUCAGAGAACUAAGAUCCCACGUGCUGUGCGUCAUGGCCACAAUAUUAAACAAAGCCCCACAAAAUCCCCCUCAAUUUCCAGAGGUAUGAUCAGUCUUUAAAAGAAUGUUGUAAGAGUCAUUUGAACAAGGUGUGUUUAUAGAGUUAUUCCACAGUCUUCAAGGGUUUGAGUUUCUCAACGUUCAAGGGUGCUUAUGU